AUGGUGUUCAUCUUCAGGGUGAUGGUGUUUGUGGUGGCGGCUCAGAGAGUGUGGGGAGACGAGAGCAAAGACUUUGUGUGCAAUACGGAGCAGCCCGGGUGCGAGAAUGUGUGCUACGACCACAUCUUCCCCAUCUCCCACAUCCGCCUGUGGGCUCUGCAACUCAUCUUUGUCACCUGCCCCUCGCUCCUGGUGGUGGGACAUGUCAAGUACCGGGAGAAGAAGGACUUGCAGUAUGCAGCGUCUCACAAAGGAGGACAUCUGUACGCAAACCCCGGCAAGAAACGGGGAGGACUCUGGUGGACCUAUCUGGUGAGCUUGGUGUUCAAAGCGAGCUUCGAUGCAGGCUUCCUCUACAUCCUCUACCACAUCUAUGAAGGCUACGACAUGCCGCGCCUGUCCAAGUGCUCCCUGGAGCCUUGUCCCAACACUGUGGACUGCUUCAUAUCUCGUCCCACUGAGAAGAAGAUUUUCACUAUCUUUAUGGUUGUGUCCUCGGCCCUGUGCAUCUUGAUGUGCCUUUGUGAGAUGUCAUACCUGAUCUUCAAACGCAUCGUCAAACUGAUUAAGAGGAAGACCGAGGCAGAGAGAAGGCCUUUUGCUGAGACACACGAGAUGAAGCCAUUGGCCUCUCCAAAGUCCGAGUUUAAGUCCAAAACAUCAAUCCGAGUGGAUCUUACAGCGUCCAUUCACAACCUAGAUAAAACUGAGGACGAGACGACAAAACUGAAAGACUUACAAAAAGACUAA